UAAAAAUGUGCACAAUGCAGCCGAUUCUGAAUAGUCAUUUGAAUGAACUAGAUGAAGAUAUCUUCCAUCAUUUUGGAUUCACAACAAAGUCAUUUGAUUUUAAACAAAAGUUUGGUGAUGUCAAGUUCGUCUGUGUAUGUGGUAGCAGUAAUAGAAUUCAUAAUUUUGCUAUAUCAAUGGCUAAAUUAGCUGGUAUACAGUUACCUGUAGAAAAUAUUGCCGGUUCUCAUGCUAGAUUUGUACUUUACAAAGUAGAUCAUAUAUUAUUUGCAGAUCAUGGAAUUGGUAUACCAUCAACAUUAAUUCUAAUGCAUGAAAUGACAAAAUUAUUACAUUAUGCUGGUUGUAAAGAUGUAUUAUUUAUACGUUUAGGAACAUGUGGUGGUUUAGGAGUGAAGCCCGGUACACUUGUGAUGUCCGAUCGUUGCGUAAAUACCAAAUUAGAGCCAUAUAACGAAUUGUGUAUUCUUGGUAAACCUGUCCGUCGACAAACUAAAGUGGACUUAAACGCUGUAAAUGAAUUAAAAAAGCUUUCUGAGAAUCUUUCAUUACAAUGUUCAGUUGUUGUUGGGGGUACAAUCACUGCAAAUGACUUUUAUGAAGAGCAAGGAAGAUUGGAUGGAGCGAUUUGUUCUUUUAGCCAAGAAGAGAAAUUAGCUUAUCUUAAGUCGGCUUAUGAUCAUGGCAUAAGAAAUUUGGAAAUGGAGGGUACUGCAAUUACAUCUCAUUGCAAUUCAACUGGUCAUCGAGCUAUUCUAGUUUGUGUAGCAGUUGUAAAUCGUCUUGAAAAUGAUCAAGUUACUAUAUCUGCGGAUGAUUUUAAAUUAUUUGAACAGUUACCUGGUAAAUUAGUUGGAGAAUAUUUGAAAAGAAACAGUGGGCUAAUUGCUCGUUAAUGCAUGAAACAUAAUUCUUAACUAACUGUGAAUGAACAAUUGAGUGACUUUUAAUUGAGG